AUGACAUUGACUACUCAAACAUCAGCCGGGAAGAGAAGCAUUUCGAGUUUAAGACGAGCAAACUCAGCUUCAAAGAAACCAGUUCUCCAAUCAGAAGAAAGCGGAAGCGGAAGCACAAGCGUCACCGAGAACACCUCUAAACCGGACUCACCUCUCGCUCAACCGGUUUCCAAUGGCGAAAGAACAGUCAAGAAGCUACGUCUCUCCAAAGCCCUCACCAUCCCCGAAGGCACCACAGUCUUCGACGCCUGCCGAAGAAUGGCUUCACGCCGUGUCGACGCGGUUCUCUUAACCGACUCAAGCGCGCUUCUCUCCGGUAUCGUCACAGACAAAGACAUAGCAACAAGAGUGAUCGCAGAAGGGUUGAGACCAGAACACACUCUGGUCUCAAAAGUCAUGACAAGGAAUCCAAUCUUCGUCACAUCGGACUCUCUCGCCAUCGAGGCUCUUGAGAAGAUGGUUCAAGGGAAGUUCAGGCACUUACCUGUCGUGGAAAACGGAGAAGUCAUUGCUCUCUUGGACAUCACGAAAUGUCUCUACGAUGCGAUCUCUCGUAUGGAGAAAGCAGCAGAGCAAGGAAGCGCCUUAGCCGCUGCGGUGGAAGGCGUUGACAGGCAAUGGGGAAGCGGAAGCGGAAACUUCUCCUCGGCCGCUCCGUUUCCUUUCAUCGAGACAAUGCGGGAACGGAUGUUCAAACCCGCAUUGUCCACAAUCAUAACCGAGAACUCAAAAUUCGCGCUCGUGUCGCCGUCCGAUCCCGUCUUUGUAGCUGCCAAGAGGAUGAGAGAUUUGAGAGUUAACUCUGUGAUCAUCGCCGUGGGGAACAAGAUUCACGGGAUCUUGACGUCAAAGGACAUUUUAAUGAGAGUCGUGGCUCAGAAUCUGUCUCCCGAGCUGACUCUUGUUGAGAAAGUGAUGACACCAAGCCCUGAGUGUGCGUCGAUGGAGACGACGAUUCUUGACGCGUUACAUAUAAUGCAUGACGGCAAGUUUCUUCAUCUUCCGGUUUUGGAUAAAGACGGAGCCGUUGCGGCUUGCGUUGACGUGUUGCAGAUCACUCAUGCGGCUAUCUCGACGGUUGAGAACAGCUCCGGAGCGGUUAACGACAUGGCGAACACGAUGAUGCAGAAGUUUUGGGACUCGGCUCUCACGUUGGAUCCACAUCCGCCGGAGGAUUACGAGACGAACAGCGAGAUGUCGACCAUGUUGGUAAACUCCGAAGGAGCGGAUACAGGGAAGCAGUCUGUUCAGUCUCAAGGACUUGUUACGAGCUCGUUUGCUUUUAAGUUUGAAGACCGGAAUGGACGAGUGCACCGGUUUAGCUCGACCGGGGAGAGUUUCGAGGAGGUGGUGAGUGUUGUGAUGCAGAGAUGCGGUGUUGAGGAUUCGGGGAUGCAGAUUAUGUACCAGGAUGAUGAAGGUGACAAGGUUUUGAUAAGUAGGGACAGUGAUCUUGUUGCUGCGGUUGGUUUCGCUAGGUCUUUGGGACAUAAGGUUUUGAGACUUCAUCUUGAUUUUACCGAGACGGUUAAGGAUUUGUCUGAGGGAAGCUGCUGCGGCGGCGGAGGAGACUGUUGCGUGUGGUGGAGGACUGGUGUCGUGGCUGGGGCUGUUGUUUUGACGAGUAUAGGUUUACUUGUUUACUUGAAACGUUCCAAGAAAUGA